AUGACGGCCUUGCUUGCCCUGAUGAAGCACUCACAAACACAAGACCAAACCAACGGCGAUAUCAAUGGCGCCACAGCCCCGGACUUGGAUGAGGGCAUCUCCCAACCGACAACCUUCCUGCGAAAACGCCUCCAGAAGUGGGACACGACCGCCGCCAAAGCCCACGUUGGGUUCGAGAUCCUCGUCCCAGCACAUCAGCCGUACCUGGCGGCCGAAGGAAUCACCUUUGGCUUUCCAGACGAAGCGCUUCUCCAUAUGCUUUGUAAUCGCAAGCUGGGGCUUUUCUCGCCGGACUUGCUGUACAGCAAUCAACCUACCUCGCUGACCCAUUCCCUAGAGGCGCUCGUGGGGAAGAUCGACUUCGACCGCAUCAGCUAG